CAGCUGUUGGCUGAAAGGAACUGAUUAGAAUUUGUUAGAGAAGGUGGAGAGCUAGCAGGUUGAUCACUGAAUCCAGAUGCGAGAAUAACUCAAGUUAUUGAGGAGCGACUGGAUGGCAGAACAGUUUGUCUAGCUCAGGCAGCUGCAGAACGGCGGACUAGGCAAAGAUGCUGCUGCUGAUAGUUUUUUGUGGGGUAUGGGGACUGAUAUCUCUGAAGCAGGGGGGUACAGCUUCUGCUACCUUCCUCCCCUCCAGCAUGGAUAGACUGUUCCAGAAGUUUAGCAAUCUGUUUGAGCAAAGUCGGGAAGUGCUGGGGAAAGACCAAUUUGAUACUCCAGUUGACAUCAGUAAGCUUCCCCCCAACUACCACCAUGAGGAGAAUAAGCAGCAGAGAGUGGGAAAUUCCACUUUUUUCAGACACUAUGAAAUCAGUAAAAUGACUGAUAACCAUACAGGUGAUAUGAUGUUUUCAGAGAAAUCUUUGACCUCUGUUGAACAAAAAGAGAUUUAUCCAAAGGAAGAGGACAAUAAGUCAAUGUCUAAUGAAGAAGAAAACACUGCUGAGCCAGAGAGAACAACUGCUGGACUUAAGAUCUUCAAGAUAGGUUUCCCUCAGCUUCGGCCAAAGCUAACUUUUUUUAUUUUUCGCUUGCCCCAGCAUCUUAAGAGCCAGCAGAUGCCUGAAGCCAAACUGGUAAAGGAACAGCCAAUCAGUGAUAAGAGGCACAGAUUGCUGGCCAUUCGAAAUGGGCUUUUAGCAGCCCCUCAUCCAAUUAAGACCCUUCCUGUGACCCCAAACCACAAGAUCAUUCCACGAAAGCGUCAUUUCCUUUUUUUCUGGAAGAAGAUAUAGGGCAUUAGGAAAAUGUAAUACCUGGGCCAAUGGAAAAUGUUCUAGCUUCUCAAAUAUUUCUAUUGUCACAUCAAAAGUUUAAAGUGAGGUUAGUCCUACAAAAGGGGGAAAUGUUUCCUUCAAAAAUUCAAAAUAAAAGUUAUCCUUUUGAAAAAUCCCUCAAA